GCCACGUAAUCCAGGGAAAUGCUCCUGCCCCCAGAGGAAGCCCAGAACAGAGCGGGAAGGACAGCUGAGCUCACACAAGGACUGCAGGGCUUGUGAGCGUUUCUGGAGAGGAAGUUCUCCUCACAGAGAGAGGGACACAGCAGACCGCAGGCACCAUGGAGCCCCCGUCAGGCCCUGCAAGCAGGAGGCAUGUCCCCUGGAGCUGGCUCCUGCUGGCAGUCUCACUCUUAACUUUCUGGACCCCGCCCACCACUGCCCAGCCUACUAUUGAAACGGUGCGCCCCCUUGCUGCAGAAGGGUCCGAUGUUCUUCUACUUGCCCACAACGUGUCAGAGAAUCCUCUAGCCUAUGGCUGGUACAGAGGAGAAAGGGUAGACAACACCCAGCUAAUUGCAUCAUAUAGGGUAGAUAAUAAUGCAACUAGCAAUGGGCCUGAGUACAGCGGACGGGAGACACUUUACCCCAACGGAACCCUGCUGAUCCGGAACGUCACCCAGAGAGACACAGGAUCCUACACCCUGCUCGUUACAAAGAAGGAUUUACAGACAGAAAGACAGAUUGGACACCUCCACGUGCACCCCCUGGUGGCACGGCCCUCCCUCCAAGCCAGCAACGCCACAGUCACAGAACACGAGGGCCCCGUGAUCCUGACCUGCCUCGCAGAUGAGACUGGAGUCUCCAUAUGCUGGUUCUUCAAAGGCCAGAGUCUCCUCCUCGCAGAGAGGAUGACACUGUCCUCAGACAACAGCACCCUCACCAUAGACCCCGUCAGCAGAGAGGACGCCGGGGAUUAUCAGUGUGAGGCCUCCAACAGGGGCAGCUCCAGCAGAAGCGACCCCCUCAGGCUGAGUGUGACCUGGAGAGAAACCAGCCGAGCCCUCGGCGUGGGGGCCAUUACUGGCAUCGUGAUUGGGGUCCUGCUUGUGCUGACGCCGCUGGCUGGCCUGGGGCAUUUCAUUUUCCUUCACAGGCCUCCCUACGUGAUGCCAGGCCACCAGCUCCCAUCUACCAGGAAUUACUACGCCCCGACACAGACGUUUACUGUCAUAUCAGCCACAAAGCAGCAUCUCCAACCCUGGGCGAACGAGGACACUGCGGUGUUAACAUGUGGAGCUGAGACUGAGAACACCUCCUAUAUGUGGUGGAUCAACAGUCAGAGACUCCCCAAGAGCACGAGGUUGGAACUGUCCGAGGACAAGAGGACUCUCACAGUAUUCACUGUGACAAGGAAUGACACAGGACCCUAUGUGUGUGAAGCCCAGGACCGCAAUGUCAGCCGCAGUGACCCAUUCACCCUGGAUGCCCUCUCCCCAGUGGCACGGCCCUCCCUCCAAGCCAGCAACACCACAGUCACAGAACACAAGGGCCCUGUGGUCCUGACCUGCCUCGCAGAUGAGACUGGGGUCUCCAUACGCUGGUUCUUCAAAGGCCAGAGUCUCCUCCUCGCAGAGAGGAUGACACUGUCCUCAGACAACAGCACCCUCACCAUAGACCCCGUCAGUAGAGAGGACGCCGGGGAUUAUCAGUGUGAGGCCUCCAAGGGCAACUCCAGCAGAAGCGACCCCCUCAGAUUUCUCCUGGCCCUCUGCUGUGAAGCCUUGUUCCAAGACCGCUGGAAGCAGCGCUAA